AUGACGACAGACCGUUUGGCGCCUGCACCAGCAGGCAAAGAUCUCCCAAUUCGAUCUCCCACCCCAGUGACAGCGGUCAGGACCGAGAAUGGCGACGUCUUCGAUCUGGUCGCGACCUACGACCGCCUUCUAUCCGAAGACCAGGACCUCUCCAUGCCCGUCGCGGCCAUAGAAGCCCUCAUCGAGCUCCUCAGCCACACCACCGCAUCCACCGUCUUCGAGACAAUCGAGAUCGUCAAGUCACAAAUAGAGCUCCUCAAGACCUCCGUGGCGAACCCGAUACCCCCGACCGCCGGCGCAGAGCUCUUCAUGAAGACCCUCCUGCGGUCCCUUAGGCAGGAGACCGGGGACCUGGGCUCCAAGAUGCGCGUCGCCAGCAACUCGGACAUGAGCUUCGACGAGAUGCGCCAGUACCUGGUCCGCAACAGCCGCAACUUUGCCGCGCAGGCCAAGGCAGCCCGCAUCGCUAUCGCCGACGUGGGCGCGCGCUACGUCACGCCGGGGAGCACCGUCAUGACGAGCGGCGGGAGCCGCUGCGUGAAGCAGCUGCUGCUCCGCGCUGCCGAGAGGAGGACGGAGCUGAACGGGAGCCCGGACUUCAGGGUCAUCUACGUAAUGGACGGCAGCGCCGACAGCGAGCCCGCCGUUAAGGCGCUGCGGCAGCGCGGCGUGCCCGUCUCCACCGUCGACGUCGCGAGCAUGGCCCACGCCAUGAAGCUGGGCAGGGUUGACAGGGUCUUUGUCGGCGCCGAGGCCGUCUGCCAGCGCGGCGGGGUCCUCAGCCGCAUGGGAACCUAUCAGCUCGCGAUGGUCGCCAAGAACCUCAAGAAGGACUUCUACGUCGUGACAGAGACACAUAAGUUCGCCAUGAUUCUCCCGGUGGACCAGACCGACGUCGCCGGGCAGCUCGGCAUUAAGCAGACUAUUCUUGAUUUCACAAAGGGCGGCGACUCGGACGCCCCGAUACUCGAGUCGCCAUCGCAGUGGCGGGCAGACUACACGCCACCGGAGAUGGUCAAGGCAUUCAUCACAGAGCAGGGUGUGAAGACUCCUGCUUCCAUUCUUGACUUUGUUCUCAGCAUUUACGCUGCUUGA